AUGGCAGCCUUGCCUUUUAACCUUGCUUUUGAUCGGAGAUUCUCAAAUGGGGUGAUCUUACACACUCCCCCAGGGAACAUUAGGAACGCCAAGAGACAUUGUGGGAAGGUGCUGCUGGCAUCUGGAUUUUCCAGUUCAAUUCAAAAUCCUCUUGGAGAUCCUGAUACCCAACUUACAAAUGAAAAACAUGCAGAAGAGAAACCCAUGAAUGCUAUCGUUAUAAAUUCCGUAUCCGAAUUCAAUAUCACAGAUGGACCAGGCAAGGAAACUCCCAGUGAGAAAAAACUGUCAGAACGCAGCACAUCACUGUCCUCCCUUGAAGAAUGCCAGACGAGAUUUUCUUACCUUCAAACUGAUACUUCAGUUCAUCAGAGAGAGACUGAUGAGGAGUGUGCCUCCCUUAUCCUCACCUGUCUGUUUUGCCAGUUUUGGGAUUGUCUCCUGAUGCUCCCUGACACCUGCGAAACAGUGUGCACCAACCUGUGCUGCCCCUCUCACAGGUACCACCACACCUCGGACGAAAGCCAUUCUCGGAAUGAUUGCAACUGCAACUGUGACAUGGAUUGCAGCCUUUUUGAAUCUUGCCACGAGACCAGUGAGUGUCUGGAGCUGGCCAUGGAGAUUUCAGAAAUCUGUUAUCGCUAAUGCAGUGAAGUAACCAUGUUCCAACAGACCCUUUGGCCUCACAGGGAGAUUCCAUUACAGUAAGACUGAUUUCCCUGUGCUGAAAUGUAAGGGUUGUGCACAUUUCUUGAAUGCUAUAGACCAUUUUAUUCUACACCUGUCUGGGAAAGCUAGUAUUGUCAACUCAAUGGUCUCAUUCCAAAUUUCACAACUGCAUGGCUCGCUGAAAAAUAAGAUCUUGACCACAUGUGAUGAACAAAUCUUAAAUACGUCUUAAAUGCCAUAGGUACAAGAUGUUUCCUGACUAUACAACAGCAUGCUAAACCGCUCGGUGUCACUGCACUCAUUGGCUUGCAUCAUGGAUUCCAUUUCAUUCACAAAUUCAGGACAAAUUAGUGCAUUCGUUUAGAAUUGACAUAUAUUAGCUUGUCUUUCUAAUGGACUCAUGCAUAAACAUUAUGCAUUGUUGGUUAUUAUUAAUAAUGUAUUGUAUAACAUCAUUUUGUAAUUAAAAAUUUAUUUAUACAGUCUCUUAAAAUUCACUUAUAUGUACAGUUUAGGUAGGAAAGGGAAUUAAAUGAAUUAGAAACCAUGUUCCUGUAAUUACAACAGAUGUCUUUAAGACAUCUCCAGUGAAUUUUGAAUAUGAUGUACUUUGAGAGAGUACUAUAAUUCUAGGCCAUAUUAUUAUAUGUCUAUGACUAUGUCAUAACAGGUUAUGCAUUUUCUUAAUUUGUUAUAGAAAGGCUCUUCUUCAUCUAAUGAGCAUAAAUGGGAAUUAUGUGCAAGUUUCAUGAAAAUGACCCCAGAUAAUCAAUUCUUCAUUUUCCUCAUUUCUAUUUGUCAGGUACAAUAAGCAACAAGACAUUAAACCAGGAUCAGUUCAUCUUACUACACUAUCACUUGUAUAGGCAGCCCACAGAAAUACAUGUGCACAUAUUUACUCAGCACUGGAAUGUCCUAAUACAGCAUGUGCUUUUUUCUUUUUCUGAUAAUUAAAGUAUUAAAUGAUUAUGUUGAACACUUCCUCAUACUUACAAUUUUUUGAAAAAUAUGUGAUAUAAAUUAGGAAGUAAUUUCCAACUCAACCAAAUUCAAACAAAAUAUUUGGGGAAAACACAUGUAGGUUGAAGUUACUUUGGAAUCUUCUUUACUGCCUGUAGCCAUGACAUUACUCAUUAAUGUGCGCUUAUAUAUUCCCACGGCGAUAUGGCAACAUAUUCAUUAAACACACAAAAAAGGAUAAUAUAUCAAUAACCAAACAAAAAAAACAAAAGUGAAGUGGAGAGUUGAGGGAACGUUUUGCAAUCUAGGCAAACAACAAAAGACUUCCAAGUACCGGUUUUGCUUGACUUAAGUAAUUUCAGACGAAAGCAACAUUUGUUUUGUGUCUGUAGUAAACAAACACGUUUUUCUAUUCUGCAGUAAAUUCCUCCAAACACUGCAAACUAUCAAUGUUUAGAACAGAUUUUUAGGUUGCCUCUCAGAAGACACUUGCCAGCUCUUGUCUUGCUCCUGAGAGCGCAGUGUAUCUGUGGUUAAUGCCAUUUCCUUCCUCUUGACAAUCAUGUUAUUCACAGACCAGUCAUGUGAGUGCCCCACAUUCCUCAUGAAACACUUCAGUCUCCCUGCUUUUCAGAAGCUAAGAGACAUCCCUAUACUCUGUGCAUUGAACCUGCAGAUCAUUGUGGAGGAGUAGAACACGAAGGGUCCUUCAGGCUGUUCUUAGCCAAUAUUCUUAUUUUCAUAAGAGAAAUAUAGGCCCCAAGAACUGAUCUAUCUGAGACCAUGCAGUGAGUGAAUGGCAGUAUCAGGAACUCGAACCGGUAGUCUAAUUCUUGAAGUACCCUGCACCACUUCCUAACUCUCCACUUCUUAGUCCAGCUGGUACACAGUGGUACAGCUGUUCCCAUGGUUCAAAUAUUAAAAUACCAGCAGACUGGCUCAUAAAUUGUUAUACCUUGAACCUCCUUAGUGCCUGCCCCAUGCCUACAGCCACCCUUGCCCCUCUCCAAGCACCCACCCACCUCCCCAUGGUCCAGUCACUAGAAGAAGCCCACCUGAGCCUGCAGGAGGUCUCCGGGAUCCUAUCUCAAUAACAUGGUACUGGGCAUCAUUGAUCAGGUCAUGCGAUGUUGGUGUUAAAUAUUUUCACCAUCAUCCCUUAUUCUUUCUCGUCUACCUACCCUCAAAUUGUACAAAGAUUAUGCAUUUUCGAUGUGAAUUGGAUGCUUGUCAAUUAGAGGCAUAAAUAUCACCAGGUCUUAUUUUAUAACGUGGUCAGAAUAUUACAUGAUCUUUCUGUGGCCUCUCUCCCUGGUUUGCUAACUUGUU